GUAAUUCAAUUGCCGCAACUUCGUCCGGCGAAACACGUUUUGCAACAAUCGCGUCAAUCAUCAAUGCCUCCCAAGAGAAAGCGGAAUGCUGAAAGCGACACUCAGUCUAUUGCACCCUCAACCCGUUCCACGCGUGCAUCGACACGCGCCACAACCGCGUCCGAAGCAAAUAAUGAGGUUGUGGCAGCUAAGAAACCACGAAUGACUAGGAAGGCGUCGACCAAAAAACCGGCCGUAAGUCAAUCUUCUGAGGAUGAACCAAAUGGGGAUGUCGAAGCGUCCCCAAAAAAAAGGAGAGGGAAAACUGCCACAGUGACGAAGAGUGCUGCUAACAAGAAAUCUGCUGCACCUUCAAAGCCUGUUGACCCAUUACAACCGGGGACAUACACUAAGGAAAGGGCACUUGAGUUGUUCAAAAAAUACGCAGAAAACGAGGAUGAUGUGGAACCUGGUGCCGAACCAAAUAUAUCACCAGAUGGCGUUAUGUCAUUAUAUCAAGACGCAAAUGUCUCUCUCGAAGGCGUACAACCCCUCAUAUUUUCCUGGAUAUGUAAAUCCAACGCGAUGGGUAGCAUUAAGCAGAAUGAGUGGAUGGAAGGCAUGGGGACUUUGCAAGAAGUUAUCCAUGGCGCUUAAUGAUAUCGAAAACCAGCUUUAUCAAAGAGGUUCCGUUGUCGGUCCAAACGAUAACCCCGAGGACCCAUAUCGCAAAGCGAAACUGCGCGAGAUUCAUGCAG